AUGGCAAGCCUGACGGAGGUGAAUCGCGAAUUUUUCGACUGUCAUGUAGCUGACUCAGUCUGCAGCCAGAAGGCCCGGUCCUACAAAACGGAUUUUGCGCAAGCAAUCAGUCUCCUUGCUGAAGAGACCAAAAGUCGUCGGCAAUGGAUCAGCACCAAAUGGACAGAUACCCAGGAAGGCGAGGGUAAGGAGAUCAAGCUCCUUGAAUACGCCUGUGGUCCAGGAACUAUCUCAAAGGCUCUUGAACCGUUCGUGACCAAAGUCAUUGGUAUUGAUGUCUCCGAGCAUAUGGUCACCGAGUUCAACAAGAGCGCGCGCGAAUGCGGGAUUUCUCCUGAGAAAAUGUUUGCUCUGCAAGGUGAUCUGCUCGCAGAAACCAUUCCGCAGGAACUCUCAGGACCCGAAUUCUUUGAAUUCGAUAUCAUCGUCGUCAGCGUGGCCCUUCACCAUUUUGCCGACCCCAAGUUGGCAAUGGAGCGCCUUGGUUCGAGGCUGAAAAAGGGCGGCGUCCUCUUCAUCAUCGACUUGGUUCCCGACCAUCAUGGAGUGGAAGAAACUCGACAAUUCCAUCCAGAAGCUCACAAAACAAUUCAUAAGCAUGGGUUUGACGCUGACGAGAUGAGAGAACUGUACGCACAUGCAGGCGUAAACGAAAAGCUUGACUAUCAGCUCGUGGAGAAACCCAUGGAGUUCAACGUCAAUGGCCAUGAAUUCAAGAAGGUCAUUUUUAUGGCGAGGGGCGAGCAUCUCGUUUUUGAUCUUAUAAAUGGGAAGCCAUUAGCAAAACUCAGAAAAUACUGUAUUGAAGCAAUUGAUCUCACUUGGCAAUCAGCUGGACUGUAUUGGCCCAGAAAGUGCCGGGCGUUUAACAGCGCGCUGGCAGCGAGGGCAUUCGCCCCCGCCCCUGCCAGCGCGCGAGUGCAAUUCCAAGUGCAGCGAAGGAACAUUCAGGAUGUCCACAUCACGAGAACUGGAAAGCCGAUCAUCAAGGUCCAGGGUGGACGGUCGUCCCUUGGAGGCCACACUGCAACUGUCUUCGGUGCUACUGGUUUCCUCGGCCGCUACAUUGUCAACCGGCUGGUUAUCGUUCCCUACCGGGAGGAGAUGACGAAGCGCCACCUGAAGCUUACUGGUGACCUUGGAAGGGUGAUCUUUAUGUCGAUUGAAGAAAGCGUCCGUCACUCCGAUGUUGUCUAUAACCUCGUCGGCCGCGACUAUCCUACCAAGAAUUUCUCUUACGAGGAUGUCCAUGUCGACGGUGCGGAGCGAAUUGCGGAGGCUGUCGCGAAGUACGACGUCGACCGAUUCAUCCAUGUGUCUUCGUACAAUGCGAAUGAAAACUCGUCGUCUGAUUUCUUCCGGACCAAGGGCUGGGGAGAACGGGUCGUGCGUUCCAUCUUCCCCGAGACUACCAUUGUGCGGCCUGCGCCCAUGUACGGCUUUGAGGAUCGUCUCCUCCACAAGCUCGCCAGUGUAACCAACCUCUUCACCUCGAAUCACAUGCAAGAGAGAUAUUGGCCGGUGCAUGUGAUUGACGUGGGAGCCGCUCUCGAGCGUAUGUUGUAUGACGACAACACGGCGUCGCAAACCUUUGAGUUGUAUGGGCCGAAGGAAUACUCGACUGCCGAGAUUGCUGAGCUCGUGGACCGUGAAAUUGUCAAGCAUCGCCGCCACAUUAACGUGCCGAAGUUUCUGCUGAAGCCUGUGGCGUACUAUGUCAACAAGCUUCUGUGGUGGCCGACCCUGCAUGCCGACCAGGUAGAGAGGGAAUUCAUUGAUCAGCAUAUUGACCCGACCGCGAAGACCUUCAAGGACCUUGGUAUCGAGCCAGCUGAGAUCACCAACCUCACCUUCCAUUACCUGAAGGGCUACCGGAGCUCGACGUAUUACGACCUGCCGCCGGCGACUGAGCGCGAGAGGCAGGAAGAAAGGAAACUAGUGAUUUCCUUUGUAUCAGGACAGUCCAACGUUGGCUCGUUUAUCAAGAAAUAUCUUAUUUUCUUAGAAAGGUCGAAUCUAGACGCAGUUGUACAGUACAUACUCCCACCUACAAGCACUUUUACAUUCUCCAACCCACCCAUCUUCCUCCUCAAAACGAAAUCUACCCCGAAUGACGGAUACGACGAGUACUUUCGAACAAAUACCAUUAGCAGCAGCAGCAGCAGCAGCAGCAGCAGCAGCAGCAAUGACAAUGGCAGCAACAGCUGUGACAGUGCUUUCUCCUACGAACCCGUCUUCGUCCCUGUUCUCGAGCAUCGAUUCAAUGAGGAGAAUCUAAGGAGGUUGAAAGAGUAUUUUGUUUCUGAGUCUGAGGGGGCGUUUGUCCUUGAUGGGGAUGAGCAGGCAGGAAGAGGGCAAGAUAAAGAUGGGAGGAGGAGGAGAAGGAGGAGGAAAUACGGCGGGAUUAUCUUCACGAGUCAGAGGGCUGUGGAAGGGUUUACGAAGGUGGUGAGGGAUGAGGUUGGUGUCCCCCUCGCGUCCGCCGCAUCGCGCUCCCUCAUCCUCUACACCGUCGGACCAGCGACCUCUCGCGCACUCAAGACCAUCCGAGACACGCAUCUUCCUCACGCGCAGAUCUACGGCGACGAAGCCGGGACGGGGGAGAAGCUGGCGCAGAUGAUUCUGGAGCAUUACAACAGCUACUAUAACAAGAACAGCCAGAGUGAGGAGGGAGAUGAAGAAGAGGACAAUGCCAAACCAGCCCUGCUGUUCCUCGUCGGCGAACAGCGGAGAGAUGUCAUUCCCAAGACGCUCAUGUCGGAAUCUCUUACCGAGAAGGACCGGAUACGGGUCGAUGAGCUGGUUGUGUACGAGACGGGGGAGAUGGCGUCUUUUGAGAGAGAGUUCCGUGCGGCUGUUGAAGCUGGGAAGAAGUUUUUACUAGAUCGACGUCGUCGCCGUCGUCAGGACGAUGAGAAGAAACAUGCCGAUGACGAACAAGAAGAAGUAGACGACGACGACGAAGUGAUGUGGACAGUCGUCUUCUCCCCGACAGGAUGUGACGCCAUGCUCAGGACGCUGAAUCGAUUACCUUCUUCCUCAACUGAUAAUCAUAACAACAGAGCAAAUGGCCCAAGACGAAGAAAAUGCUUCAUCGCAACCAUCGGCCCCACAACACGAGACCAUCUCCGCAACAAAUACGGCAUUGAGCCCGACGUCUGUGCCGAAAAACCCAGUCCGGAAGGCGUAGGGAAGGGGAUCGAGGCGUUUAUGCGGGCUAGAAGAGAGAACAGAAUGAGGGGGGAAAUAAAUAAACCGAUGAGAAUGAAUGAUUGA